AUGCCAUUCGUUAAACCCGAUCCUUAUGCAGCACAAAUCAGUACAAAUAUUUUUAAAUUAACCAAUGUUUCUCCUAUUCCAUUUGAUAUCAAAACAAUUUUUAACUCAUUUCAUCAACCAGCACUGGUUCGAUUUUUCGAACACCACAAAACAUUAGGUCUUGAUAUUGCUCCCUUUGUAUUUGGCAUGCUGGUACAUGUGGCCGUUAUGCUUGAUGGCGCCGAACUGUUUAAUCCUGAUGGAACCGGUUUUCUUACAUCGAUGAACUUGUUCAUUGUUAGCUCUCCGAUGCUGAAAGCGACUAGUAAUCACGAGAAAUGA